GAACAAUUAUUGACUUAACAAAUAGCUUUUGGGGGUGGGAACUAAAAGUCUUCAGGACGGUUGCAGUUCUUUCCACUGUUUCCUUGUUGAAAAUAUGUUUAGACCAAGAUUAUGCAUUUCGUUUAAAGAAUAAUUCUUCAAGUCAUGUUUCUGCAUGGUUUUUUUAGUGCUGCUGAGAGUGUUACACCUGGCAAUCUGAACAACAGAAAUCUAAUGGAAGAAGAAUCAGAGCCUAAUGCUGACAUGGGAGGAAGUGCAAAAUCUCUGCUAGGGGCUCUUACCAGCUCUUUUUGGUUUUGGUUGCCUCAAGAUUUCUGUCAGAUUUGUCAGUUGAUUAUUAUUUUGAUCUUCACUUAUGUGGUCCUGAAAGCCAUCAUGAUGUAUCGGCAGAAGCAGUACCUGAUCCAAGUCCUCAGAUGUUUUCCUGGACCUCCCACCCACUGGCUUUAUGGCCAUUUCAAAAUGAUGAAACCAGAAGAAGAGUUCCUGACUGUUGAAUCAUGGACAAAAAUAUAUCCACAUUGUUAUCCAAUAUGGUAUGGAGGAUUCUUACCUUUCCUAAACAUCAACCAUCCAGAAUACGUGAAAGCAAUAUUUAGUAGAGGUGAUCCUAAAUCGCUUGUUGUAUACAACUUCCUAGUGCCAUGGAUUGGAAAGGGAUUACUAAUCCUCAAUGGGCCGAAGUGGCAGAGGCACAGGAAGCUCCUGACUCCAGGAUUCCAUUAUGAUGUACUGAAGCCAUACGUACCUCUGAUGGCAGACUCGGUCAAAGUGAUGCUGGAUAAAUGGGAAAAGUUGGUCCCCAAAGACAGAACAACACCGGUGGAAUUGUUUGAGCAUGUCAGCUUGAUGACUCUUGAUAGCAUCAUGAAAUGUGCCUUCAGCUAUGAAAGCAAUUGUCAGAUGAACAGGGAUAAUUCCUACAUUAAAACUGUGUUUGACCUCUGCUUCAUGUUUUAUCAACGAAUGAAGACACCUCUUCACCAUAAUGACCUCAUUUACUGGUUCACUUCUGAAGGUCGUCAGUUUCGAAAAGGCUGCAAAAUAGCUCAUCAUCACACAGAUAAAGUAAUAAGAGAGAGAAAGGAGUCCCUUAAGGAUGUGCGAGAACUUGAAAAGAUCCUGAAGAAGAGGCACCUGGACUUUUUGGAUAUUCUUCUUUGUGCAAAGGAUGAAAAUGGUAAUCCAUUAUCAGUUGAAGACUUGCGAGCUGAAGUGGACACAUUCAUGUUUGAAGGUCAUGAUACUACAGCUAGUGGAAUCUCUUGGCUUCUGUAUUGUAUGGCCCUGAAUCCUGAACAUCAGCAGAGAUGCAGAGAGGAGAUACAAGAGCUUCUUGGGGAACAGGAAACUAUACAGUGGAAUGACCUGGGAAAGAUGACGUAUACCACUAUGUGUAUUAAAGAAAGUCUUCGCCUUUACCCUCCUGUACCUAUGAUAGCUCGAGAAUUAGAGGCACCAGUGACAUUUGCUGAUGGGCGAACCUUACCCAAAGGGUUUCUGGCUAUGUUGCACUUUUAUGCCCUUCACAGAAAUCCAGAAGUUUGGGACAAUCCUGAGGUUUUUAAUCCACUACGGUUUUCCCUGGAAAAUGCAGCUACUCGUCAUCCAUAUGCUUUUCUUCCUUUUGCUGCUGGACCAAGAAACUGCAUUGGGCAACAGUUUGCCAUGAAUGAGAUGAAAGUGGCACUUGCCUUGACACUUCUGAGGUUUGAACUUUCGCCCAACCCUUCCCAUGCCCCCAUUCCUAUUCCACAGGUUAUCACCCGAUCAAAGAAUGGGAUUGUUGUGAAUCUGAAGAUUCUCCACUGAUGCAUGAUACUACUACAAUGGUAUAUAUUGGCAGGCAUCAAAACCAGGACUUUUUGUGUGUGGCUGUAUUCGUUGGUAUUGAGAACUUUUCACCUUGGGUGUGUGUGUGUGUAGUUUCUUCAAAGUCUUGAGGGGAGAAUUGGUGGAAGCCAGUGCAAUUUUAUAUAUGAGUACCAAAGCAUUAAAAAGCCUUGAACAUAAAUAUUAAUAUUAGGCAAUGUAUGUUUACCCUAUUUCAUAUCCUAAUAAUUAUAAACUGGAAUUUUUGUCAUUCUGGUAACAAAGAAGCAGGUUAAAGACGUCCUGACAGUUCUAAGUAAAAACUCAUUCAUGAAAUUUAUUAUCUUCUAUUACAUGUUAUUUCAAAGCCAUUUACAGAAUUUAUUAAGGGUUUUAAAAAUAAUUCUUAAUUCUGUCCGCUGCAUUUAAUAUUCGAUUAUAAAAAAUGCAUAUGGCAUGGCCUGUACAUUUAUUUUUCAGUAAACAUUCAACAUUCUUAUGAUAUGAUUUUCUGAACUCCUCAGAAGGUCAAAGUCAUGACAUUUUCUCCUUGAAACAGAGAGUGGUCUCAUGGGUAGUGUGCUAGACUUGGACAUGCAAAUCUUAGCCAUGAAGACAAACAUGAAGGUAGAGCGUGUCAGGAUCACGACAAUGACAAGAAUGAUGUUUUUAAUAUAUACUUUCUGGUGGCUAAUAACAACAACAACAACAACAACAGCAACAGCCUAGGGAUUAAUCUGUGAAUAUUUUACUCUAAUCAUCAUUCUUUAUUGCUGCCAAAUGCUUUUGUCAGCAACUAACUAGUGAAAAAUGUAUUAAAAUCCUUACCUUUUAUAUAUGAGUUUGGUCAGUCAUGACAGGUGGAGAACUGGGAUGCUGGUCAUUAUAAUGAAUUGUCUGCAGACUGCAGUCUUGAUCCAAUUGUACAAUAACCCAGUACCUACUCAACAGUUUCUUUUCACUUGUGUUAUUUGCCUUAUAAUAACAUAAAUGACGUAAAUAAAUAAUAUCAAGAAUUAAGUUCACUGAUGAGAGAGAGAGAGAGAGAGAGAGAGAGAGAGAGAGACUAGAAUGUCAUUUUUAUUGUUGGCCUAGACUUUAACAAUAAAGUAAAUUUUAUUCAUCUUAAUAUAACUUCAGUGCUACAUAAUGUGGGUCAGUCACUAUUAAACCUUGCAGUGCAACAAUUUUUCCAGUUGUCUGAUUAUUCACAUUAUCACAAUAUGGAAAUAUAUUUCUGUGGAAUAUUCCAAUAUACACAUUUGUACUUUUCUGUAUUUUUAUGAUGUUUGUAAUUUACUCUGUAAAUUGUUUAUUUGGAUCUGGCAAAACCUAUCUCUGAACAAACAUAUAGUUUAAUAUAAAAUGUCUUAAGUAACUAAGUUACAAGAGGUUUAACUGGUUAUGAUUGAUUAUAUUAUUAUUUGCAAAACUAAAUAGAGAACUGUGACACAUGUGGGAACAAAUCAUCUUUAGCUUCUGUGUUUCUUGGCCAACUGUUAUCACAUUGAACACUCUCAAUGAGUACCCACAUUGCAGAAAUGUUUCUUGCUGGUAAAAUAUCAAAGAGCUGUAAUUGAAGGCUUGGAUCCAGGGCUGUUUCCACACUACUCACCUUCAAUCGGAACGCCGUGGAAUGUUGCGAAACAACGCAGAAGAUAACGUUUUCUCGCUCAAGUUUUGUGCGACAUCAUGCAAAACUCGCACGCAUUUUGUUCGCAAUAUUCCUCGGCAUUCUGAUUGAAGGUGAGUAGUGUGGAAACAGCCCAGGUUAUCUUUUCAUUAGGGAAUUGUUGGGGUGCUCUAUUGUUUUCUAUAUGCAGCUCUUUGUGGUCUAAAUUGACUAAAGAACUUAUAAAUAAAUCUUUUCUCUCUAUGUACUUAUCACCUCUCAUUCCAUCCUGUAUUUUGGUAGUAAUAACAUGAAGGCCUUGCUGUGUAUAGUCAGUUUGUACAUUGAGAACAAAUGAAAGCUACAUAUGUUUCCUUCCUGUCCUGUUUUCAGCCUUGGGUAUUUCUUCCUUAGCCAUGUAGAGAUAAUCACUGAGUCUUUCUGAUAGCUUAUGUUACAUGACCCAAAAGGAAACAUAAUCUUGACCUGUCAAUCUAUCAUGUUAUGAACAUAAUGAGAAAUUUACUUGAUUGUUUAUAUAUUCUAGUAAUAAUCUUCUGUGCAGUAAGCAAUUGUUGUUUACUUGCAUCAUGCCUGUGUGAUGGUAUAAAUGUAGGUGCUGCCUGUUUGUUGACAUGCACUAUGCUGUGAUAAUGUGUGCAUCAGGCUUAUUUGAGAACUUCUCAAAAUAAAACGUUUCUGCUUCUAAGAUCA